AUGUCCUCGUUGACUUCCGUCAGCCGUGAGCUGCAAUCGACGGAUUCCAUGGUUACUGUUCCUCUCUCGGAUGUGUCAUUUGGCCCUAAGACCACAGACUCUGUUUGUCGUACUUCCACUGUCCUUUCGUCUCCAAUCGUAGAGGAACCUCAAGAUAUUGUCGAGGGAGAAGGCAUUGUCCCACCAAACGAGGACACUCCACAGCGACGAUCCAACAAUCAAUCGGGAAGCACACGAUCUUCUUCCUCUACAAGUUCUAGAAGCAGUGGUGGAAGCAGUGAGCCAGGAUCUCGAGAAGGAAGUGAGCAAGUGGACUGGAGAGAACUCGAGAAAACUGAGCAAUUGGAGUCCAAGAGCGACCCCGGAGAUGAGUCUACUGCUCUACUCCUUGCGAGACUUGAACAAGAAAACAAUGCUCUGGCUGGCAACCCCAAGUCAGGCUCACAUGUUCGAAAGGACUCCCGUCCCCCAUCUCUCCAUCAGAUUAGAAAGCUUGUAGACGAACCGCAGAGAACUUCCUUACGAUUUUCCCAGCUGCCCACUCCUCAGAUGACCGAGCUGGACUUCUGGGCUGCGCUUGUUGCCGACUAUAACCAUACUGCCUCUCGAUUACCAACAUUAACCUCAAACAAGAUAAGAGCAGGUGUUCCUCCACCGCUAAGAGGAGUGGUAUGGCCCAGCCUCGCAGGUGCUAGAGAUUCAGAUCUUUUAGAUGAAUUUGCGAGACUCACCGGAGUGACCAGUCCGUAUGAGGGCUUAAUUGGCAAAGAUAUUGGUAGAAGUUUCCCAAGUGUGGAGAUGUUUCGCGAUCCUAAUGGAGAGGGACAACAGAUGUUAGGAAGGGUAUUGAGGUCUUUUAGUCUUUAUGAUGAAAAGAUUGGGUAUUGCCAGGGAUUGGGUUUUGUUGUUGGCCCUCUUUUAAUGCAUAUGAGCGAUGCCGAGGCGUUUUGUGUGCUUGUCCGUCUCAUGGAUCAUUACAAUCUCCGGUCCUGUUUCUUGCCAACACUCUCUGGCUUGCAUUUACGGAUAUAUCAGUUCCAGGCACUCCUCUCAAGACAUCUACCAGAGCUCCAUUCUCAUUUGGAAUCCCUGAAAAUUGAGCCGGUUUAUGUUUCGCAAUGGUUUUUAUCCUUCUUUGGUGUUACAUGUCCACUUCCAAUGCUUCUUAGAAUAUACGAUGUUUUGCUCUUGGAGGGAGCUUGUGAAACAUUGAUGCGAGUGGCUCUUUCGCUCAUGCAACGAAACCAGAAAAAACUCCUAGCAUGCGAAGAAUUUGAGGAUGUUAUGCAAAUUUUGCUAGCUAGAAGUAUAUGGGAUACGUAUGGAGGUAGCGCAGAUGCACUAGUCCAUGACUUUGUAUCUUUGACCUCCCUUGUGACACGCGAAAGCCUCCAGCAACUGGAAAUAAGCUAUAAAGAAUCGCAAGGAACCUCAACUAGUGUUUCCUUUCCUCAAAUGCAGGCUGUCGCUUCCAGGUUUCUAGGACGGCUUUGGGCCGGAUCCGGAUCUCAUAAUUCUUCCAGGUCCCUUACUCUGAACCUCAAUCCCCCUCCGCCGGUUUCACGCCCCUCUAGUGUUGUGCGACGCACUCCGUCCAAACAAAGUAUGGCAUCUACAUUGAAUUCCUGCGAGUCAGCAUCUGAUGCUAGUACCGCCCCUACAGAACCAUCACCAGUCUCAGCAUCCGCCGUGGAUUCGAUCAAUCGUAAGACGAAGAUGGCUGGAACGUCAAACCAAGACAGAGACUUACACAGUCAGAUAGAAGAUCUACUGACGGCUCUGACGGACAUGCAGCGUGAACAAGCAGCCUUGGCUGAAGAGCUCCAAAGGGAAAGGGAGGAGCGAGAAGAAGAUCAGCAAACUGGGAGACAGAUGCUAGAAUAUUUGAGAGAACAUUCUACCGAUGAUGAACAUGCAGCCCUACUUGCAAAAGCCACCAAUCGAUUUUCUCCUACGGCAUCUCGCCGUGUCUCAAUAAAUCAAACAAAACACGAGCUCCGAGAUGAGAUGAUUAAGUGGAAGGAGAAAUAUGCACAGGAAGCUUCGAUUUGUAAGGAUUUGAGCAGACGCAUUGACGAUAAGGAUGUAGAGUGUUCCCAAAUGAAAGACGAGCUGAAAAAGGCACAAGCUCGCUUACAGGAGUUCCACAAAGACAAACAACGGCUCGAGAAAGCUAUCCAAGAAUUACGUGUGAGAAAAAAUUCCCCAUCAGAGAGCCCUCACGAGCCUCAAGGCUCAUCAGGCUCCUCGGAUAGGGGAUCAACUGGCCUGCGUGAAUUCAAGCUUUGCAGAACUGCUUCAUCAGCUUCUACCUUUUCGAAACGAACCAGCACCCUUGGAGCACAAGCGCUCGUGUCCAACGAGGAUUCCCGCGUGGUUCCCGACGAGGGUCUUCUCCUUGAGCUUGUCAAUGCAAAAACUGCGGAGGCGGUUGCUCGACAGGAGCUCGAAGAGGUGAAAGGAAAAUUGGAUUCGCUGAGGAAGUUGAUGAGCUGUUCGACAGAUAACUUAGCGAGAAGGCCAGGUCCGAUUGACCUGGCACGCAGUCUUACUGUCAACAGCCCUCCGAAGUCGAGAAUGUUUCCAAACUCCCCCACGGAAUCUUCUAAAAUGCAAGGUUCGAACGCAGCCAUUUCUGCUGGCGGGUUUUUCAGUGGAUGGACGAAACGAUCCGCGUCUACCUCACCUGAUUCGCGAUAA